UCCUUGACUCUUUGGCCUUGUUGUCCUCUCGAUUCGUACCUCUCUAGCUACGAAGCAACGCACAACGCCGCUCAAUAUCGCUAUGGCUUUUGAGUGGUAUUAAUAACUUCAAAGGCCCGUGUGUUGUAACUAUUUAUAGUUGUUAUACAACACUACUUGGGCGUCUACUUUCUAUACCUACAGUUCGUGGAAUCAGGAACUUAUCUGUUUAUACUUCCCAGCGAUUCACCUCCGUUUGGGUGGAACAUUGUCAUCACUUCAAUACAAAAAUGAGUAAUAAAUCGAGAAACGAUGUCAUGUAUUAUCCAAUCGGCAACAGUCGGUCAGUUGACGUGACUCAAGGAUGUCAGGUUGCUAAGGAAUGUGACAUACUGUUGCUAGGGUGUGGUGACGUCAGGAACGUCUUACAUACGCUGCACUUGCUACAUGAAGAUGGUACGACAAAAUCGACUGAUCAGAUCAUAAACUUUCAUUUGAACGACCUUGAAGAAGGCAUUUUGACCAGAGACUUGAUCUUGCUCUACCUAGCAAAGACCAUUGAUCCAACAAACAGUGAAGACUUGAAGUUCCUCUGGGGAGUCUGGUAUGAUGUGCUUCUGACAGAGGCACACCUUCAGAGACUGAGAGCCACUGUUCAAGAACUGUCGACAUUCACAUCGGGUCAACACGGUGUACACUUCGGGAACUUGAACACUGAGAGACACAUCAAAGAUGCACUGCAGUUCUGGUUGAAGUUAAAUACAAGUACUAGUCUUGCCCUCGAUGAAAGACAGGAGUUCCAGAAAGAAGUGUUUAAGACCGCAAAGACUGAUGAACCAGAUUGGUUAGCAUCCAAAUUUAGCGUCCAAUGUCUUCAUGUGGACACAAAGGAUCGUCUGAAAGACAGAUAUCAUCAAGAAAUCAAAGAAUAUGUCACAACUGGCGUCACAAGAAUCAACUCGGGACCUCACUCAUCUGAACAUAUUCGAGACAAUUUCCAAACCAAUGUGACGUUUUAUAGACCAGGAAGCCGUUCAUGGAGAGUGUUGAUGGACAGCACGCCCUUCCUGUGUUACGACAUUGAUCUUCAGCUACAUAGGUACGAUGGAGAAAAAGUCACAUUGUCUUCGCUGUAUCUCGAAAUAUUGAGAGAGUGGGUUGAAAGUUACCAGGCAGCACUAAGCGACAGAUGCAGCAUCAACAUACACCUUUGGUUUGGAGAGGCAACAGCAGUAUGCGAGACCGAUAUUCCAGCAGAUCUCAAGUUUGAUUUCAUUGACACGUCCAACAUUGCAGAUAUUGUAGGCCUCAUACCUGUGCUUACCUGCUCUCGCGAAAAGGCGAAGACUCCAGAUGCGGUUAUUAGGACGGAGAUCUUUCACUGGAAUAAAACCAACGUCGGAAUGUUCCUUCGUGAGUGUUUUGAUGUCUCUCCAUUGCUGUACCCAACUGUUUUGGGACUCCACCUAGCUGAGGACCUCGCUCUAGGACAUGAGAAUCUUCUUGCCCCUGGUACUUUUAGCGGACUUGCCAAAUUGUCCUUAAGAUGGAAAACAGCAGAGAACUAUAGAAACAUGACAAGUCUCACAAUUACGACAGACGGUUCAGAUGCACUAGCACAUGCGCUGGCACAACUGAAACAUCCAAGUCCCUUGUGGGAUAAGGAUAACAUUUCUUAUCGAACAACAAUGUGUGACAGAAGACUUAGAGAAAAACUGAUACAGAGACUUCACGAAAUGACACAAGGGGAGGCUAAUGCUGCGUCCAGUGCUUCUACGAGGAAGACACGUACUGUGGUUGAGUACAAUGAACAUUACCAAGUAACCAUCACAACUGAUCCUGAGUGUCUGAAAGACGGAACGUUUUCUAUGGACUAUCUACGAAAAGAUCCGCAUGUCGUUGUGCUCCAGAACAUUAGAGAUGGACAGCCAACCUUCAGAAAGAUAUUACGUCUAUCGUGUGGCAUAUCAGUCAACUCCAGCAAGAUCACAUUGUCCAGGAAGAGAGGAACAGUGGACGCUCGUCUCACCAAGGACCUGAAUACAACAGUUGGUGAACGUGUGUUACCGUGGAAGAAGCUUGACGUGGACUCAGUAGCCAAGCUCCCUGACUUUGUGCUGUCCGAGUCUGGCAAACAGACACUGGACACGUACAUUGCACAUAUGAAUAUGACGCCUCCACCACAGAAUCUGGAAAGGGCCGAGCCACUGCAACAGCUUCAGUACAUCAUCGAUUACAUCAUGAAGUUCCAGCCAUUACCACCUGGCGAGAGACAGAUUAUUCUCACCAUCGGAGCACCAGAUCAGUCUGGCAAGAGAUUCAUCAAUACAUUCCUCCUGGAAGGUCUCAAGAUCUAUGAGAACAAACCAACGAUGUUUUUGAAGUUUUCCGAUUUGGACUAUGCUGAGACUCUGUUAGCCCAUCGCUUGAUAGGAAGGAAAGAUCUAAAAUCACUACAUGAAAGCAACAGUGAUUGGUUAGAAAUGGAUCCAUCUAUUUCUCGACAUUUAAGCAAGGGGUACAUGAUGCUGAUGCUGAUUCUGGAGGUAAACUCUCACCGCAUGGCCCAGGAAAAGAAAUGGAUGUGGAGGACGUUCUUGAGAGGAAGAUAUCCCCACACAGACCCCGUCCUGCAUCGGUUAGAGCAGUUCAUGAUUCACAAUCCAGGGGGAAUCACUUCACAGAGUCCUCUUGAAGGGUUUGAGACAUUGGACGUGAAAGAUGCUUUUGAAAAGAACACUUUUUCUGAAGGAAUUGAAAUCCUACAAAAGUUUGCUGGAGGUGACAGCUCAAGAAGCAAAGACACUCCAGCUGGAGCUGGAGCCACGCCAGCCCCAUCCUGCAACAACUGUAGCGUCACAUCACCAGACUGCAAGAGAUGCUCAAGCUGCCUCCAGGUGUCCUACUGCAGCAGAGAGUGUCAACGAAAGGCAUGGCCAGUCCAUAAGAAACUCUGCAAGUCUGAGAAACAACUCUGAGUUUCAACUCUUCAAAUGUAAAUAUGAUCAAAUGACAUAGAUUUACAAAACACUGGUUAUUCUAUUCAGAUGAUGAAACAGACCUGCUGACCUAAUCCUCUGUUAUCUAAAUUUCAGUUUUUAAAGAACUUCAAAGCAAGUCGAUACUGGAAAACACCUUUUUUUUCUAUUUCGACUGACCACUCAUGUUUUCAUUUAAGAUGUCAGUUGUUUUCCUUGAUGUGUUGAUACUUUCUAGGCAAAUAACCUACUGCAUCAUCUCACAUGUAUUUUAAUCACAUAUGAAAGGCAGUGCAUAAUAUCUUCUGGGAUAAUACCCUUCUGCAUCAUCUCAGAUGUAUUUUAAUCACAUAUGAAAGGCAGUGCAUAAUAUCUUCUGGGAUAAUACCCUACUGCAUCAUCUCAGAUGUAUUUUAAUCACAAAUGAAAGGCAGUGCAUAAUACCUUCUGGGUUAAUACCCUAGAGCAUCAUCUCAGAUGUAUUUUAAUCACUUAAGAAUGCAAGCACAUUUCAGAUUCUUCUCAAACUGUGGGUAUGUUUUUCCUGGGUUGAGAUUGUUAGAAUUGUAUUUGUAAUGAUACAGACAUUGAUGCACAGAACUGGUGUGAGUGAGUGAGUACGGUUUUACACUGCUUUUAGCAAUAUUCCUGCAAUAUCAUGGCGAGACACUUGGAUGCCCAGAACUGGAGUGAGUGAGUGAGCAUGGUUUUACACCGUUUUUAGCAAUAUUCCAGCAAUAUCAUGGCGAGACACAGGGAUGACCAAAACUGGAAGACAGACCAGGGUUCAUGCAGGUAGGGCACAGACAAUGGUAAGUGAGUGAGGGAGAAGGUGACUUGGAAUGAUAAUAUAUUUUUACCUUCCAGUCGUCGAGAGAGUUAACAUUGCCAUGUUUUACCCUCCAAGAUAGCCAGACAAAUAAACCUGCUACCCUAAAAUA